AUGGAUGUUGUUCUUAUUGACUCACUCUUGGACCAAAUGCUCAAAGGGCAAAAAAUUGGUGGUAGCUUUACAUCAUCUGCUUAUAGAGCUGCAAGCAAUGCGGUGAGUACCAAGUUUAGUGUACAUUGUGAUUCCAGUCAUGUAAGGAAUCGGUUGAAGACUUUAAAAAGGAAUUUUGCAAUGGCUAAAGAUAUGUUAACAACUGAUAGUGGAUUUGGAUAUAAUCAUUCAACACAACUGAUUGAAGCUACAACAGGUGUAUGGGCAACUUACCUCAAGGCAAAGCCUAAAGCUUCUCAGUUUCGACUUGCUCCGAUUCAAAACUUUCAAAAGUUAUGUCAACUCUUCGAAAAGGAUCGAGCAAUUGGGAGUCUUGCUAUAGGUCCAAAAGAAAAGCGACUUCGUUGGGCUGGGCAACAAAUUCUUUUGGAUGAUGAAAAUACUGAUCAUACUGAGUCACUCUCAGAGAAUUUUGAUGGGAUUGGAACUCAAGAUGACCAAACUACUGAAGUAUCUUGUUCCUCUAACUCAAAGAAAAGAAAGAAUAAAUUAGGUGACACUCUGAGUGAGGAAAUAAGGUCAAUUAAGGAAGGUCUAGAUGCAGUUGCAACAGCGCUUGAUCGUGGUAACCUUCGGAACUACACAAAUGGACAAUUAUUUGAGGAGAUUGAGAAGGGAUUUGGUGAAUCUAUGAAAAUAUCAUUAGGCUUGGAUUUUUUAUGA